CGACAUCUCUCUUCCUCUUCAGAUCAAACACACACAGUUACGCUCUUCAGAUCAAUCUCUUCGCAGGUCCAGAAAUGGGUGUGGCUCAAAACAUUCAUGAUGUGGAGGGUAACUUGGAGAUUGGAAUGGAAUAUAGGACUGUGUCUGGAGUUGCUGGGCCAUUAGUUAUUCUCGAUAAAGUUAAGGGACCCAAAUAUCAAGAGAUUGUUAAUAUUCGCUUAGGGGAUGGAACUACUCGCCGUGGACAAGUUCUAGAAGUUGAUGGUGAAAAAGCCGUUGUUCAGGUCUUUGAGGGUACAUCUGGGAUUGACAAUAAAUUUACAACUGUGCAAUUUACUGGAGAGGUGUUAAAAACUCCAGUAUCAUUGGACAUGCUUGGCCGUAUAUUUAAUGGUUCUGGAAAACCAAUUGAUAAUGGUCCACCCAUUUUACCUGAGGCUUAUUUGGAUAUAUCAGGAAGUUCCAUCAACCCUAGUGAGAGAACCUAUCCAGAGGAGAUGAUACAAACAGGAAUAUCUACAAUUGAUGUCAUGAAUUCUAUUGCUAGAGGUCAAAAGAUCCCUCUAUUCUCGGCUGCUGGUCUCCCCCAUAAUGAAAUUGCUGCACAGAUAUGCCGUCAAGCUGGCUUAGUCAAGCGACUAGAGAAAUCUGAUAAUCUUCUGGAGGGUGGAGAAGAGGACAAUUUUGCCAUUGUGUUUGCAGCUAUGGGAGUUAACAUGGAGACUGCACAAUUUUUCAAACGCGACUUUGAGGAAAAUGGCUCAAUGGAGAGAGUGACCCUUUUCCUUAAUCUGGCAAAUGAUCCUACAAUUGAGCGUAUCAUCACUCCUCGUAUUGCUCUUACUACUGCUGAAUAUUUGGCAUAUGAAUGCGGCAAGCAUGUUCUUGUCAUACUCACAGAUAUGAGCUCUUAUGCUGAUGCUCUUCGUGAGGUGUCUGCUGCCAGAGAAGAAGUACCAGGUAGACGAGGGUAUCCCGGCUACAUGUAUACAGAUCUUGCAACAAUAUAUGAACGUGCUGGAAGAAUUGAGGGGCGAAAAGGCUCUAUUACACAAAUUCCAAUUUUAACCAUGCCUAAUGAUGAUAUCACGCAUCCAACUCCUGAUCUUACAGGAUACAUUACUGAGGGACAGAUAUAUAUUGACAGGCAGUUGCAUAACAGGCAGAUAUAUCCACCAAUCAAUGUCCUUCCAUCAUUGUCUCGUUUGAUGAAGAGUGCCAUUGGUGAGGGAAUGACACGAAGGGAUCAUGCUGAUGUGUCCAACCAGCUCUAUGCAAAUUAUGCCAUUGGAAAGGAUGUCCAGGCAAUGAAAGCCGUGGUCGGAGAAGAAGCACUUUCAUCUGAGGACCUGCUGUAUUUGGAAUUUUUGGACAAAUUUGAAAGGAAAUUUGUUACACAAGGAGCUUAUGAUACCCGCAAUAUCUUCCAAUCACUAGAUCUUGCAUGGACUUUGCUUCGGAUUUUCCCCCGCGAGCUUCUUCAUCGUAUACCUGCAAAGACUCUUGAUCAGUACUACAGCCGCGAUGCCGGUAACUGAUGAUAUCUAGCAAGCUCUUAUACCUUGAUCACAUGCUGAAUCAGCUUGUAAUGACAGUGGCAAUUGAUUUAUUUCUUAGCUUUCUCACCCCUCAGUUCAAAAUUCUUCUAUGCAGCAUAUUUAUUAUAUAUAUAAUAAAGGUUUGAGUCUGUUUGAGUGCCUCAUAUUUUGAUUCUUCUGUUAGUUGGAAUGAAGACCUCAUAGAUGUUUAUUUCAUUGUGCCAUUAUAUUUUUUUCUGGGGUGGUGGGGAAAAUUAGUUGUUACCAAUUUGGAUUAUUAGCGUUUAAUUGCAUUGUGGUAUGUUCAAUGCAGUUAAGAUUUUUGUUGUCCCAUUUAUGUUGCUUGUUUCUUCAGUAUCUGAUUUUUCUUGUAAUUUGAUUAUUCUGAAUAUUUAUAAUCAGGACAAUUGUGGGACACUUAUUAUUUUUUUACUGUUUUGCUUGAUUAAUAAGCGAAACAAUCUUAACAUUUUUGGGGACUAUAUGUAGGCUUAUCAUUGUGGGGUAACAAGGCCCUUUUCAGAACUUGUUUUUGGAUUCAUUAACAUGCUUUUAUUUUUCAAUAUAACAGUAACAUGCUUAUUGAUUUGUCC